UAAUAAUGUAAUCUAAAUAAUCAGAAACUAGAUAGAGCUGGUCCUAUCAAGUAAGACUUUUCCAUAAAUUACCCCUAGGAAGACAAACUUUUAUUAGAACUUGUUAAACUUUAUGGUUGUACAUCUUGGAAUCACAUUGCACUUGAACUUCAAUCUCAAGGGAAAAAUCCCCUAAAAGUCCGAUCUCCUGCAGCUUGUAGGGAACGAUAUUAAAACAUUCUUAACCCCAAUUUGAAUAAAAGUAAUUGGACAUUAGAGGAAGAAAAUAAUUUAUUUAACCUUUAACAAUCUUUUGGAAAUUGCUGGGCUAGAAUUGCUUCUCAAAUGCCUGGCCGUUCUGAUUUAUUAUGUAAGAACUAUUUUUAUGCUACUCUAAGAAAAGUCUUACGUCGACUCAGUAAGGCAGUCGGGCUGGAUUAAUGUAAUUGUAUAGUAAUUCUUCUUUAGCAUCAGAUGUAUUAAAAUAGGUCAAGCCCAGUGUCUUAGGAAUAAUUUAUAGCAAGGAAGACUCGUUUAAAAUUUUCAACAUUGAAGACAAGGUGAAAAAAGAAUUUCAAUAACUUAUCAAACAUUAUAGGUUCACAGAAAAAGCAGAACUUCGAUAGCUUUAAGAAUUUGAAUUGAACUAUAUAAAGUCUAUGCUGAAUCAGUUAUUUGUAAUAAAGUAAAGAAUAUUCAAAUAAUAAUUAGUAAUAAUUACGUAACCUAGAAGGAGAGGAAUUUUAGAAGAAAGAAUUCAAAGCAAGAAAACUGUUCUGUUGAAAACAACAGCAAAUCAACCAUUCCAAAUGGCUCAAAUGUUCAAAAUUAAAAAAAUUCUAAACUUGAAUCUAAACUUUUAAACACAACAAACUUCAAACUAGAUUCUCCUGAAGAAUAUAAUCAACCUAAAAUUAGUGACUAAUAAGAUAACCAAUCUAUAUAAGUUUAUGAAAAUCCAAAUCAACCUCAUUCUGAUUUCAUUUUUAUGAAUUAAUCAUAAGUAAAAAAAUCAUUUAGAUAUUAGGGAUCCUUUUAUGCUCCAUAACCUGUUUUUACAUUCUGCGUCUAAUAAAACUUUAUAAGCUGGCCAAUCUAAUCGGUUUAAUCAUAUUAUACCCCUUAAUACCUGCCUUAUCCUUAAUCUCAUCCUUUAAUGAGAUAUGAGUUCGUAUAGAUGAUGUGA